CUGAUCAUCUGGCAAGUCAACUGCCGAUUGUUCGACCAGUCGUCUAAAUGACAAAUUGACGAUCAUGAUAAAUGAGAGUAAAACCGAUUGUUCGAUUAACAGAAAUUCGGAUCACAGCAAAUUCGAUUUAUAAAUAAUUUCACUUUUUACAAACACAACCAGUCAACCCAGUAAACAAACAACCGGUCGUGCCGGUGUCAGUUUCCUUGGUCUUCUGUCAGUCACCGUCGACGCCUCGUCUACGAUGGACUUUCUUAGUUGAGAGGGUUUUGCGUGCGAAAAGAUUGUUCUGAUCUCAACCACAAAAAAAUGGAAACAACAAAAUUUCAGUUUAGUUAUUGAAAUCUGCACUCUUUUACAGAUUCAACCACCGAUUGCUUAAUUUACCCUCGUUUUCCACGUUGCCUCUCUACUGCUUGUUUUUUAAUCACAGUAAGGGAACUAGUAAAUUUGUUUGAUGGGAAUGUCAUCUGGAUCAAACAGCCACUACCAACCUUCACCAAAUAUGAAUCCUGCACAUCAGCUACCGCGAGCCGGUGGAUUGCACACGUCCCUACUCCUAGCAUCUGCAAAUGCACCUGGCUCACCUGAUCCUCUGGGACCUCGAUCAAAUUACAAUCAGGUUCGGGAGUUCCCUGCUGAGAGUGCCAGUUCGAGAGAAACCUGGCCAACAGCUGAUGCUAUUAUGGCAAAUAAGCUAGAAAAUGCAAGAGUAGAGACUGAUCUUGCUGAACAGCCAGUCAUUCGUAGGGUUUCCAAAUCGAACAACAUUUCUCUUCAGGACAUAGCGAGAGAAAGAGUUGAUCUAAUUUCUGAAAAGAUGCAUUCGCUGUCGGAAGAGAUUCUAGAAGAAUUAAAAGGCAGGCUUCACGUAAUUCUUGAGGGAAAUGGUGGGUCUCAGCAUAGGGAGGAAUUUUUUAUUUUGCAAGGCCUUGUACAAAGUAGGUCUGAUUUGACUGCCAAGACGUUGAUUAGAGCGCAUCAUACUCAGCUGGAAAUUCUUGUUGCUAUAAACACAGGAAUUCAAGCAUUCCUACAUCCAACUAUUAGCCUCUCUCAGACUUCCUUAAUUGAGGUUUUCGUUUAUAAGCGAUGUAGAAAUAUUGCAUGCCAAAAUGAGCUUCCAGCAGGUGACUGUGCCUGCGAAAUAUGCACCAAUAGGAAAGGCUUCUGCAAUCUCUGCAUGUGCGUGAUCUGUAACAAGUUUGAUUUUGAAGUGAAUACGUGCCGUUGGAUUGGUUGUGAUUUGUGUUCUCAUUGGACUCAUAUUGAUUGUGCGAUUCAUGAGAAACACAUUGGUAUGGGCCCUUCUAAGAGUGGAGCUGUUCCUGGUGAGAUGCUUUUUAGGUGCUGGGCAUGCAAGAGGGCAUCUGAACUAUUAGGCUGGGUUAAAGAUGUAUUCCAACAGUGUGCACCGAAUUGGGACCGGGAAGCUCUCAUAAGGGAACUCGAUUCUGUGAGUAGGAUCUUUGGGGGAAGUGAGGACCCUGCAGGGAGGAAGCUUUUUUGGAAGUGUGAGGAGCUCAUAGAAAAAUUGAAGGGUGGAGCUGCGGAGUCAAUUGCAUGCAGAGUUAUAUUAAUGUUCUUCCAAGAACUUGAUAUGGACUCAUCAAGAAAUCCAGAAUCUGGAGAAGAUAGACGUGUGAUAGCUCCACAGGAGGCAUGCAACCAAAUUGCUGAGGUGGUGCAGGAGGCAUUGAAGAAAAUGGAAAUGGUGGCUGAUGAGAAGAUGAGGAUGUUCAAGAAAGCACACCAGGCACUGGAGGCUAGUGAACUUGAGCUCGAUGAGAAGGCUAGGGAAGUUGCUGAAUUAAAGUUGGAGAGACAACGGAAGAAACAGCAAAUAGAUGAGUUGGAGAGCAUUGCGAGGCUUAAACAGGCUGAGGCUGAUAUGUUUCAGCUUAAGGCUGAUGAGGCUAGACAAGAGGCUGAGAGGCUGCAGAGGAUUACUCUUGCCAAGGCAGCGAAAUCAGAAGAAUAUGCCAAGAAAUACCUGGAACUCCGGUUGAAUGAGGCCGAAGCUGAGAAGCUGUAUCUUUUUCAGAAGAUUAGGCUACAAAAUGUACACAGUAUCUCCGUAAAGGAAGAAUGCCAAACAAAUGAGCAACUUCCUGUCAGGACGAUUCCCUGAGAGAUGCAUACAGGUUUGUAUUGUGUUUAAUUGAGCUGUAUGAUUAAUGAAAUACUGUGAUGCUGAGCAGUGUGUGAUUACAAUGGUAUGUUUGACCAUGUCAUAUUAUCAUUGGACUAUUUGCUUACCAAAAAUUCGUGAAUCACGUGUAUAUACAAAGUAUUUGUUUAUUUAUGUAUAUAUGAUUGCAUACUUGUCAAUCUUCUAUAUAUGUGUUUUGAUGUA